AUGUGUGGAAUUCUUGGAAUCUGCAUGGGUCAUUAUGACCGGGAUGAAGACAACUGCGACGCUGCGCAGGACAUCCAUGAAGCCAUGUACCUUCUUCAGCACCGCGGCCAAGACGCCUGCGGUAUUGCGACUAGUUCUUAUGGAGGACGAAUCUUCAUGAACAAGGAUUCUGGCAUGGCAGCGACCGUCUUUAAGGACGGCAAGAGGGUCAUUGACUUGCCUGGAUGGAUGGGCAUUGGUCACCUUCGCUACCCUACCUGGGGAAGCAGUGGACGUGCUGAAGCUCAACCGUUCUACGUCAACAGCCCGUAUGGAAUCUGCCUGUCGCACAAUGGCAACCUGACCAAUGCUGCCGAGCUCCGUGCCUUCCUGGACAAGGACGCUCACAGGCAUAUCAACACCAGCAGUGACAGUGAGCUGAUGCUGUCUGUCUUUGCCAACGAGCUUAAUGAGACUGGAAAGGCGCGUAUCAACGAGACAGAUCUGUUCAGUGCGCUUGAGCGCACUUACAAGCGCAUUCAGGGUGCCUGGGCUAGCGUCAUCAUGGUUGCUGGCUAUGGUGUGGUUGCGUUCAGAGACCCUGAUGGUAUCCGUCCUUUGGUUUGGGGUUCUCGCAAGUCGACUCCUAACCCUGAUGACGACGCUUACGACUACAUGGUUGCGUCGGAGUCGAUUGCUUUGCGCCAGCUGGGCUUCAAGAACAUCACCGAUGUCUUGCCUGGACAGGCUGUUCUCUUCAAGAAGGGCUGCCCUCCUGUUUUCCACCAGAUUCAGGAGCCGGCUUCAUACAGCCCUGACAUCUUUGAAUACGUGUACUUUGCAAGGCCUGACAGUGUCAUUGAUGGAAUCAGUGUCCAUGAGUCCCGCAACCGCCAGGGUAUCAAGUUGGCUGACAAUAUCAUCGCUCGGCUGGGCGAGGAGGCCGUUAAGGAUAUCGAUGUUGUCAUCCCUAUCCCCGAGACUUCCAACACGGCUGCUGCAGCUUUGGCAGAGCGACUCAGGAAGCCCUAUUCCAUGGGUUUCGUCAAGAACCGUUACGUCUUCAGAACUUUCAUCAUGCCUGGACAGCAGAUGCGGCAAAAGAGCGUUCGCCGCAAGCUCAGCACCAUUGAUUCCGAGUUCAAGGGCAAGACCGUGCUUCUUGUUGAUGACUCGGUGGUUCGCGGAACGACUAGCCGGGAGAUCGUCACCAUGGCGCGUGAGGCCGGAGCUCGCAAGGUCAUCUUCAGCUCGUGCUCGCCCGAGGUCAUCCACCCUCAUGUCCACGGCAUUGACUUGGCAUCGCAAAAGGAUCUGAUUGCUCAUGGACGCACCAACGCCGAAAUCGCCGAGCAAAUCGGUGCUGAUGACAUCAUCUACCAGACGGUCGAGGAUCUCGUGGCCUCAUGCGCCGAGCUUUCUCCUCGUGACCCCAAGACGCAGACUUUCGAGAUCGGCGUUUUCAGCGGUUGCUAUGUCACCCCUGUUUCUGAGGCCUACCUGGAGCAGCUCGACGAUGCCCGCAACAGCGGCAGAAAGCGUAAGGCGCUUGUUGCCAGCAGCGGCCCCGUGAAUACCGGCCCCGCGGACUCUGCGGAAACUCCUGCUGCUAAAAUCGCCAAGACCAAUGGCUUGGCGGCCCGGACACGAGCUGACCCGCAGUCCCCGGGAAACCCUGCGGACAUUGGAGAAAGGCCAGAAAUGGGGUAUACAGAAAAUCAAAAAUUCAAGAGAGGCGUUGGGGAGGGAUUGGUAUUUUGGAACUACAUUGCAUUCAUCUCUGAGGUUUAUUACUCAGGCUUGGAGUUGGAUGAUUCACAAGAAUUAAUCAUCCAUUCAAACAACUGCUUGGUGGUCAUCAGUCGUCGUUGGAUUGGUGGCCAACCCCGGUUAAGUGCAUGCGCUUCAUACUUGUACAUCGUCACAGUCAACGUCGCUUCAUUUGGUGUCAUUUACACUAAGGUAUUCGUAGGCCCGAGCCCGAGGGUUCCAUCGACCGGUCAGUUUUCUCCAUCCGCGCCAGACGGUGAAGAAAUUCCCGUUUCCCCCCUUCCCUUCUUCCCGUUCCCACAGGUAGUGGUCAGGUUACAAGCCGGACUGACUGGUUCCCAGCCUCCAGCCCUCAUCCCAGUGCCUGUAUCUUUUCCCACCAAGGGCCCUUGGUUGCGUAGUGAAAACAGAUGGGGAAAGAAACUCUCACAGGGACCUGGCACGAACUUUGCAAAGGCAUGGGACCCGGACGACCAACCGGCACAUCCGCGGUUCGACGGCCGGCGUCCAUUUGGAAUGACAGCUGACGCAAUAAUCCCAUCCAAGCCCAAAACUCUGCUGGGCGAGAGAAACCCGCCCGCCCACUGGCUGCAUUUUAUUGACCUAGUGAACGGGUUCACUGGCCUUCCCCUCCUCCGUUGGCGCCAUCGCCGCCGCGGCGGCCACAUCUUCAACACCGCCCCCAUCGCAUGGACUCCACGACCCCUUUCUCGCCUGCUAGAUGCACCCUUUCGCCUUGCCUCUAGGUUGUCUUUCAGCCUGACAGAUACUUCAGAAGUUCACACCAGUAAACCCAUCAGGCAGGCAGGAAGACGAAGGAGGGCGAUCAUCUCGUGGUGGAUUCGCAACUACGAGACCGGGCUCUUCUGUCACCUCUAUGCUCCGGCCUGGCAAUCAGAGAGCAUGGACAUGGCCACCUUUAAUCGCCGGCCAUGGGUCGGACCCUUGGAGGAGGAGGGGGAUCAGGAUCCCAGGGAAUGCAAAGCCCGCGCCGUCCGCCGGUCUCUUGGGACGGGCUGCGUUUUGGCAUUUUGGCCAACAUACCCCGCCAAAUGGGCAAUGCCAUUUGGCAAUAGUCGAUACCUAUCCUAUGCCUGGCAGAUUGGUUGGGCGCAUGCCAUGCAGAAUGCAAGCCGUGCGGCUGCAAUGUCACCGACGUUUUUGGUGACGGGCAUGAACUUGGCCAAGGUUUGGCCGGGUUACCCUGGGCUUGGGAAAGCACUGCAUGGCCGCAUUAUCAUGGCCAACUUCGAGGCAUGGAACCAGCGAGAUGAUGGACAAUCCCGUCGCACGCACAAGGGCGGGGCUUUGGCUCCGCAUAGAGUGUUUCUUGUUCCGAACAAGGGGUUGGGGGGAUUAGGAUUGGUUUCCCGCUUCCUCGAAAAGAACAGAGCAUUGGCCCAUUUUCAGGGACCCCUCACCUCCGGACCUGCUGCGCUGCAUUAUCCAUACGGAUACGCAUACCAUGCGACGCGCAACAGACUUCUUCCAGAAGCUCUGGGCCGCGGGUUCCUUGCCCGGGCCCCAUGUCGUCUCAAGUCCAUCCGUGGUUGCGUUGCGAAGCGAAUAACUCCUCUCGGGCUACUCUGUCCCGCCUUGUCUAACAGCCUACCUUAUGCCAGGAUGCUUCCCGCCUAUUCUGCUGCCGCUGUUCCUCAUAUUGUGGAGGAUGGUUUAGCGACCACUUCUCUAACUCUUCAUCCAGCGAAUGGAGUGUUGUAG